CAACCUUGCACAAGAGGAGGACAACCGAAACGACGUGGAAAGCUAGAGGGAAGCACAUACCAUCAAUGAUGGACAUUCAGAAUCAGGCUCAGACGCUGACUGUGGAUCUAUCCGACGGUCUCGGACGAGCAGACGAGCGUGCAGAGCACUCUCAAAGAGAGGCAUCGAAUUCAUUGGAACCCUCAAAUUCAUCGAUGGAAAAGCCCAAAGAAUCACCAUCAUUGACG